AUGGGGAAACAACAAGACGGCACCGGAGAGACCAAAGAAAAGAAAAACAGAGCAUCAUGGACCACUGCUCAGUUGGACCUUCUAGUUUCUGUGAUGAAAGAAUAUGCAGAUGCUGCUAAAUUUCGUGGUCAGAACGGAUGGACCAAAGAAGGAUGGAAAAGCAUGGCUACACGCUUGAACAAUCAGUUUCCGAGAGCUAAUUUUAUUGUUGAUCAACUAAAAUUUAGGGAGCAGCGGUUGAAGAAAGAAUAUUUCAUUGUCAAAUCUAUUGUAGAGAAGAGUGGCUUCGGUUUUGAUCCUAUUACAAAAAUGCCAACAACCAUUCCAGAAAAAUGGGAUGAAUUGAGCAAAGAACAACAGAAAAGGGCACACGUCAGCUCCCACGGAGGGACACUCCUCCCCGCCGCCGGCUGUCUUCUCGUCUUCGUCGUCAAAUCGCCGGUGAUCCUAUCUGCGUCUGAUCACAAACCCACGGCCAUUCCGAUCUCGCGCUUCGGGAAGACCGUCCUCCUCUGCUUAGCCCUGUUCGCCGCAUGGCACCUCUGCUCGACCCUGUUCGCCGACGCGCCUCCCGGUGGCCACUCUGCGGAGGAGAAAGCUGUAGUCAGCGACGCGGCCGGGAACGCGUCUGGACUGCCUCUCGCCAGGGAGGCCGGCGUCCGGGCGGCGGCCGUCACGGGGAGCAACUUCGUCGUCUCGCCGCUGUCGAUCCACGCGGCGCUCGCGAUGGUGGCCGCCGGCGCGCGGGGCGAGACGCGUAGGGAGCUCCUGGGGCUCCUCGGGUCAGCCUCGCUCGACGAGCUGCACCGCGCGCCGGCGAUCAAGCUUGUCGGCAGACUCAACGGACUAAAGCAGACGUCAUUCGCCUGCGGCGUGUGGGUCGACCGGAGGAGGGUGCUGAGGCCGGAGUUCACGGCCACCGGAGCGUCGCGGUACGCCGCCAUGGCGGAAUCCGUGGACUUCGUGUCGGGGGCAGAGCAGGCGGGGCGGCGCGUGAACUCCUUCGUGGCGGACGCGACGAAGCAGCGCAUCCAGCACAUCCUCCCUCCCGGCUCCGUCGACUCGUCCACGGCGGUCGUCCUCGCCAACGCGCUCUACUUCAAAGGGGCGUGGCCUGAGCCGUUCGACGUCUUCAACGCGCCGUUCCACACCCCAGGCGGCGCCACCGUGCGCGUGCCGGCCAUGACGACAGGCCGGUCACAGUACAUCGCGCUCUACCCGGGCUUCAGGGCCCUCAAGCUGCCCUACAGGAACGACGGCGACCGCGCUGCUGCAUUCUACAUGCUUAUCCUUCUCCCGGACAGCGGCGCUCUCAGCCUUUCUGCUCUCUACGACAAGGUGGUGUCAUCGCCGGAGUUCAUCAGGAAGCACACGCCAGAAGAGGAGGUUGAAGUACGUCGGUUCAUGGUCCCCAAGUUCAAGUUCACCUCUAAGUUUGAGGCGUCGUCAGACAUGCGGAAGCUUGGUGUCACAAUGGCUUUCGCAGGCGGUGACUUCUCAGGCAUGGUGAGCGGCGGGGAUGGGCGGCACUCCAUCGGCGCGGUGUACCAUAAGGCCACCAUCGAGGUGGACGAGCAAGGCACCGUGGCCGCUGCUGCCACGGCCAUAGGCAUGGAAGGUAGUGCGCUUCCAAGCGAGCCGCCGCAUCUGGUGGAUUUUGUGGCGGAUCGGCCCUUCUUAUUUGCCGUGGUCGAGGAGAGGACGGGCACAACGCUGUUCCUUGGUCAUGUGGUUAAUCCUCUCGCUAAGUGA